UUGCGCUUUAACAACUUUAAGAGUCAGCCGUGUAUUUCGAAAGUUACUGUGUCCAGCCAACAAACGCGUGUGAUUUGCAGUAACAACUACGCAGACAAUUUUUUGUAUUAGACGCUUUUUGGAUGUUUGAAAAACAUUUGUAAUUUAUUAUGCAAAUGCAGUAAGCGAGCUAUAAAAAUUUUUGCUUAACACAGGCAAAGCACCGUUAGCAGACGGAAAGUAAAAGCGCGUAUCAGAUCCACACGAGACCCGCGUCGAGUCACACUCUCUCACACACACACAUUAGCAGCACACACACACAUACACAGUUGCAACAUGGCCGAUACCAUCAACAAGCCGAGCAUACAAAUUCGCAACGGCCUGCCGUCGCCCCUCAGCGACAAGAGCCCCUCGCCGGCCACCAAACUGCUGAUCAGCCAUGGCAAGCCCAACUUUACCAUAGCGCGUUCGCCCAAAGUGGAAGACAAUGGUAAUCCGCUGUCGCCGCAACCGAAUGCCAACAACAACUACAAUCCCUACAAGUGCGCCAACAACAACAGCAGCAACAGCAGCAACAGCAACAAAUUUGUGGUCGGCACCAAGUUCAAUGGCGUCUUUAAGCCAUCCACUGCAGCCGCCAGCUGGGCGACCAACAGCAAUGGCAAUGGCAACGGCAGCUCUGAGCAGAAUGAAGCCGCCAAGGUGGUGCUGCGUCGGCCCAAGCUAGCGGAAGCUGUGGAAGCGCCCGCAGCUACCGAGGACGAGAAUGUGCCGGAGUUCAUACGCCGGCAGCGACGCAUUCAGGAGCGUCUGGCCAAGGAGAAUGUGCUGGACUUUGAGAAUCGUCGCAGUGGUUACUUUACCCAUGUUAUGAUCUCGCCGGACUCGCCGAAUCGCACCUCCUUCGUGGAGACCAUGGCCAGUCCGGCCAUAGUGCCAGCUCUGGAAAUGCCGCUGCCGGCCAAGAUUGAGGAGGAGCAGACGCAGCAGCAGCAGCAGCAACAGUAUCAGGAGCAGGAGCAGGAACAACCAGUGGUGCUGUCAGCGCCAGUUGCGAAUGGACACAGCGAGCAGUUGGAGACGCAGGCGGAGCCACCUGCACUAUUGACCAACGGUCACAACGUGGAGCAGUUGGAGGUGCAGCCGCUUAGCAAUGGCCAUGCGCACGAUGAGGAUGUGGCGCCCGAGGAGGUGGCCAAGGCCAUUGAGGAGGUCAACAAAGCGGUGGCCGGCGAGGAUGAUGACAGCAAAACGGAAGUGGAGCAAGUGGCCAAGGCUGAGGUCGAAGUCGCUGUUGCCGCAGCUGCCGCUGCCAUUGAGAGUGCACCCGCUGCCGUUGAGGCGCAGGUGGAGGUGAUUACGCCGGCGCCCGCCGUGAGCGCACAGAAUGGAGACGCCGCCGCCGUCGCCGCCACCAAUGGCCACGAUGAGGCUAUUACCAUAUCCCAUACCAAUGGCCAUGCCAGCGAUGUGCCCAGCCUAGCCACGCCCGAUCCCAGCGGUGCGCUCGGCGUCAACUAUGAGCCCAAGACGGUGGUUAGCUUUGCCCAGGAGCUGGGCAGCGGUGAGAAUAACUAUCCCGACACGGUCAAGGUGACCAAGGAGACAGCUGCCUCGUCUGCCGAUGCACAGCUGCAGGAGUUGACUAAACUGAAGUUUGAUAUACAAAACGAUGCACAGAACGAGGUUCAUGUUACGCCCGUGCUGCGUGCAGACUAGGCGCCAGCAGCUGACCCCUCUCCCCCAGUACCACCAAUCCCCCGUGGUGCGAGUGAAGGGUUAUCGUUUUUAGUGCAAUUUGUUAUUAAUCAAAAAAAAAAAAAAAAUAUUGAACUAUCUAUUGUGUAUUUUGUGUUAGCCAAUAAGUUCAUUAUGAGAAAUGUUGCCAAAUUUAAUUUUAUGCUUUGCGCAUCAGUCAGUAUCCGUGUAACAUACACACACGCACGCACACGCACGCACACACACAAACACACACACAUACACAUACACUAAGCGCCAAUUGUUGAGGCGGUCGCCAUGCUAGGGUUUAGCCAUCGCGCGAUUCCCCCCUUAAGCCAGGCCACCAGCUACACUUAACUAUGUUUACUUCAAACAAUUUGCUUUAAAUAAAUUAUUAUUAUAAAACCA